GUAAAUUUGUUUAGCUAACGUUAGAGCUGGUUGGCUGAAAGAAAUAUAGUAAAAGUGGUUGUAACGUGGGUUCCAAUGUUCAUUUAAUAACGUUAGUAGUAAAAGCAAACAAAGGAUUCUAGUACAACUGAAUAGUCCAAUAUACUUUCCUUAAACGAUAUAGUUUUGGACCACCAGAUGGCGCCUUGAGGCCGCAGUGUGUUGUGGGGGACUUGAGAGACUUGUUUAUAUACUGUCUAUGCUUGGGACCGACCAGACCCGACGCCAUCUUCAAUAUCCCCAGUUGUUCUCUUCUGGACGGUCUGUUAGCUGUUUUACUUCACUGAAUUAACGUUAGCAUUACAGAAAUCAUGGGAAGAAAGAAGAAGAAGCAAAUGAAGCCUUGGUGCUGGUACUGCAACAGAGAUUUUGAUGAUGAAAAGAUUCUCAUUCAGCAUCAGAAGGCCAAACAUUUCAAGUGCCACAUCUGUCAUAAAAAGCUGUACACUGGCCCUGGGCUUGCAAUCCACUGUAUGCAGGUACAUAAAGAGACCAUUGAUGGAGUCCCUAAUGCAAUACCUGGAAGAACCGAUAUUGAGCUGGAAAUAUAUGGCAUGGAGGGUAUUCCCGAAAAAGACAUGGAAGAGAGAAGAAGAGUGCUAGAACAAAAGAACCAAGAGACUCAAAAGAAAAAGCAGAACCAGGAUGACUCUGAUGAGUAUGAUGAAGAUGACGAGCCUGGUCCCUCCUUCCAGCAACCUGCUGCAAGCCAGCCACAGGCAGGUUACAUACCCCCUAUGACCCAGCCUGGCAUGCCUCCUGGCUCUGGUGCUUCAGGGAUACCACCAGGCAGCUACUCAGGAAUUCCCCCAAUGAUGCCAGGUGUGCCACCAAUGAUGCCAGGAAUGCCCCCCGUAAUGCCAGGAAUGCCUCCAGGGAUGAUACCAAUGGGUGGGAUGAUGCCUCCAGGUCCAGGGAUGCCACCAAUGAUGCCAGGUGUGCCACCAGGCAUGCCUCCUCCUGUGGGCCACCGUCCAGGCAUCACACACAUGGCUCAGGUUCCCCCUGCUGCAAACAUGCUGACUAGACCUGCUGUCACUGCUGCCACUGUCCCCUCAGGCCAGCCUGAUGUAACAAAGCCUCUUUUUCCCAUUGCUGGACAGAGUCAGCAGUCAGGGUCCCCCCACCCUCCUUCCUCUACCUCCUCUGAUCCCUCAAAGCCCACAUUCCCGGCCUACACUCAGGCCACCGUAGCUGUGGCCAGCCCCAAUGCUGGCAGCAGUACGGUCUCCAAACCUCCCUCUACUGUGACCAGUAAGCCUGCCACCCUCACCACCUCCAGUGCAACCAGUAAGUUGAUCCACCCUGAUGAGGAUAUCUCACUGGAAGAGUUGCGCGCUCAGUUGCAGAGGUACCAGCGCAGUAUUCCCCGCCCAGGCCAGAACACCGCUGCUGCCCCAUCAGCGGGUCCCUUGGGUGGCAUGAUGGCUCCUCAGCAGCCCAGCAUGAGGCAUUCCAUACCUGGCCAGUACGGUGGUCCACCCCAGGGGCUGCCAGGCUACAUGCCAGGAGGAAUGCUUCCGUACGGACAGGCCCCUCCUGUGGUUCCCCCAGGGUACCAGGGAGCCCAUCCACGGCCACCCAUGGGUAUGAGACCCUCUGUCAUGUCUCCUGGAGCCCGCUACUGAAGCCUGCCAUCUUCUCUUCAAUAGGUUUGGACACUCAACCCUUUUCUAAUGUCCUCAGCUGCUAGUAGACAAACCAGUAUUGGUAUUUUAGUACCACAACGUACUGCUUAUUCUACUACUGAGCUAUGAGGAAGAGACACUGAAUAAACAGCAAACAAAAGAAUCACAGAGCGCAUGGGAAAUAUUUACACUGUACCUAACCAAGACUAUGAACUGUUGUUUCAAACCCUCUCUGUCCUGUGGCUUUUUUUUUUCCUUCUCAUGUUUCAUUCAGGUUUAUAGAAGUGUAGUAGAUAUGGUUCGUAGUGUUGUGAAGGCGCUGGAGUUACAUGAGCAGUACCCACCCUUUAUCAAGGCAAGUUUUAUGUAAAUACAUUUCUGUUCUAAGCUUAACAGUGAGGCCUUCACAGCACGUAGUGCUGUUGGACUUUGUGUCCCCAACUUUGUUUGGUGAGGGCUUCAAAUAACAUUGCAUUCAUUCUGUUUUAUGUGCAUAGUUUUGAUGAAGAGGUACUCUCAUAACCUUAAAUAGUUGAAGUACUAAAUGAAGUGAUAUAUGUAUUGUUGUAAAACUGUAUUGUAAUAAAAUGUGGCAAAAAUGUAAGACUCUUCUUUGCGGGAUGUUAGUGGGAAAAGAGACGUCACUGCAGGUUUGUACUCCAGUUGAAAUAUGUUGGUAAAUGUUUUUUUGGCUAGAAACAGUAUAUUGAUUUUUAUUUUUAUUGAUGCUCUGAACGUGGCAAGUGCAUUGUACAGCUGCAUAAUUCCGGGUCGCUGUAGCGCUAAAACCCAGAUUUCUCUUCUCCCUGUAGCGAUGCCAUGGGGGACUGGCUGAGGCCCUGUCUCAGUGUAGCCCUGUUUCAGCCUGAGGCAAGUCUCACCAUUUUUCUGUCUUCUCAUUCAUUAUCAGGGGCCCUCACAGCUUACACGCUGUUGGAUCUCAAUGUCCCCAAACUUGCAGCAAGUUUGGUGAAGGCCCUUGUUUGUGUUGUUGCGUUUAGGCACCAUUUUCUUCAGGCAUGUAAAUGAUGUUCUUCAUUGUUAACCUCUAAUGUGUCAUUGAACCUGUAUCCUCCAUUCUUGGUUGGUGAGAGCAUCAGGAAGCUCAGUUUUCAUUUAAUAACUUUGUGCUGAAAGUAUGGAGCUUUUAAAUGAAACCAUAUUCCUUAAGAAGCUUUUUAUAAUAACUAGUCCUACAGUCAACAGCAGUUUACUGCCUAAAAUAUUAAAGCUUAGUCAAAAGUCUGUCACAUACAGCCAUAAAUACAUUAAAUGUUUGUUGGGAGGUUUGUGAUGAACAAAUGACUUUUCGUAUGAAUGUGAACAUUUCUUUACUACUUAAUCCUGUUUGUUUCAUCAGCUGUCCUCACUUGAUCAUUUGAGUUUAACUACUUACAUGAAGGAGAAUCCCUACCAGUAACAGGUUAGUUAAAGCUGUAAGUACCACUGCUGUAAUUUUAACUUCAACCUGUGUUUUGUGUGCUCACACAAUUAGAUCUUAUCUGUCACUUUUUUUUUUUUUUUUAAACAAAAUGAGCCACAAUAAUUAAGCAUUCUACAUUUAUAGCAGCCAGACAUGCAGUAUGAUCGAGGAAUAACUCGAGGCAGAAAACAUGACAAACAUCUUUCCGCUAGUUCCUCUUAAUGUGAUCAGCAUCUAUCGUUUUUGAUGGGAAUGACCUCCAUUUAAACUAAUGAUUUAAUGUUUUACUUGAGUAUCAAAAGCAGAGUCUUCACUGGUAAGUAUGGGCUUAUCACUUCUGUUUAAUGUGCUAACAGGGCCGUGUCCGGGGAGUGGCACGGGUCAGCCAAUGCGCCAGGUUAGAGACGGUACCUUAGUUUGUAUUUUGCUGGAAAUUGGAAGUUGUUGAUUCAGUAUUGUCCAUGCAGGCUUUUUCAUUUUAAUUGUUGGUACUUUAUACUUUGACUUUAUUUUUGAAUGUGCAUUGUUUUCUUUUGUAUGUAGCCUACAUUUAGAGGUACAAUUUAUUGUUGAGACUUAAAGAAUAAAAUUUGGAAGCAUUAUAUUACAUGUGUAUGAUGCCACUCUGUUGUGAUUGGUAGGUCUAUUUAUCUUUUAAAUAAACAUUUUAAAAACAGAGGAAGGUCAGAACCUGUAAGAUACUGUAAUGUUAGUAAUUAAAGUAGUAAAGAGAAUUGGAAAACAGAAUGUUCAUGCUAUUCUGACAUGUAUUUGUGGGUUCAUGUGUGCACACUACAUGCCACCUGUAUAAGUGAGUGUUCCACUUGGAUCACCCCAGUCAAAGUCUGGAAUGUAUUCUAAUUAUCAUUUAAUAUUGAACAAUUGUAUCUGCUAAAGAAUACAGUUAAAUGAAAACAUAAAUUUGCGUCAGCUUGUAGUUAUUAAAGCUUUGGAAGAGAUUUUUCUGGUUUUAAGUUGAGUGAAACACUGCAGCUUAAUCAUGAAUAUUUGUUUUAGGAUCAGUCCCUCAAAGCACAACUGGAUUUGAUUUGUGAUGAAUGCACCACUGUCUGAAUGUAUACUUUUUUUUAAUUUUUAAAUAAACCAGUUCAUAAACUC